AUGCAUGGGGUCAUUAACCAAACCAACAGGUCCGCAGCCGCUGAUGAGGAUGUCGAUCAUAUUGGUUUCGAAACGCCUCGAUCUGGCGUAGCCACCCCCCAACCAGACCUCCAGGACAAACGCUUGCCCGGCAUCAUGAGCUACUUUGGCCAGGUUCGUCAAAAUCCUCCCACAGCCAACAUUUCCUCUCAAGUGCCCGGCCACCCCGAGAGUGCUAUGCCUCCGGACAAGGCCCGUGGCGAAUCCACCCCACCCACCGACCUGCAGUCGCAGGCGCACACCGAGAACUCUCCCCAAGACUGUCUUUCUUUGACUUCAGACCUUUUGCUCUUGCACCGCGAGCAUAUCGGUCUCGAGCCAGGCGCAGAGCAGAUGGAGCAGACUAUCCCUGACCCUUACCCAACUCCACCAAUUUCCCAGCCAUCUUCCUCUGGGUGCUCCCUAUCCAAAGUCAUGAUCUCUGCAGGCGCAGACAGCAACGUUGCUGCACCUGCAAAGUCUCUCACAUUGCCGUCACGACCCAAGACGUCUGGCACGUCUCUCUUCACUACUACACAUUUCCAACCUGAUGACUCAUCACCUCCUGAAUCGGACCCUUCCACAUGCACAACCCUCCCCGAAGUCUCCAAUCCUUCAUCGCCCCAUGAAGCCCCUUCUGAAUCGAGUGUUCCCACUCGUCCCACCCCUGGCAAGUGGUACUCUCUUGAUGGACUCAAGGAGCUAACUCGUGCUAUGACGUUCAAGAGCGGCCCCCCGACUCCAACUCGAGCGCUGUCCGCUGCUCGACCUUCAGGGUCAGAUGGGAGGAUCAAUUCGGCGAGAACCAGCAAUGAUGGUGCUGAAGUUAGCGGAACCCAGACUCCAAGAUCCACGGGCGGUGCCCAGGCGCCGGCCCCCAAGGGUAAAAUGACCAUCAAGAUUACGGAAGCUCGGGGUCUGCGGAAGAGUCGAGACCCUUACGUCGUUGUCGUGUUCCAGCGAAGUGAGCUCAUUUCGAGUGGCCCCCGGAACGUCGAAGGUGGACACAGUCUCAGUGUUGCCACUCCGGGAAAGGGAGGCAUCGCCAUUCAGCGACAAGGAAGCGACUCUGGCCGCCCCAUGGCUAUCCCAAUGCGCAGCCGUCAAAGCAGCAACACCAGCGUGACUGAUUACAACACAUUCCGAAACCGCUCCCCACGCGAGUCCUUUACGAGCCCCAAAUGGGAUGCCGAAGCGGCCUUCGAUGUUGUUGAUUCAAACAUGCUUGUCGAUAUCUCCGUCUACGAUCAUGCCACCACUGGCGAUGAGUUCUUAGGACACGUUGACUUCAAAGCUGUCGCAGACCCUAACAAUCCCGUCAAGGGAUGGUUCCAGCUAGAGGGCCAUGCCGAUACCAUGGCCGAAAACGCUCCGACGGGUGAGAUAUACGUUGAAGCCCUCUACCAGAGAUCGGAACGGAAGCACUUUGGCCCAACCGAUUUCGACAUUCUCAAGCUUAUCGGUAAGGGGACAUUCGGUCAGGUCUAUCAGGUGCGGAAGAAGGAUACUCAGCGCAUCUACGCCAUGAAGGUUCUUCAGAAGAAGGUCAUUGUGCAGAAGAAGGAGGUGGCGCACACUGUGGGCGAGCGAAACAUCCUUGUCCGAACAGCCAUGUCCGACUCGCCUUUCAUUGUUGGCCUCAAGUUCUCUUUCCAGACACCUUCAGAGCUGUAUCUGGUCACCGACUACAUGUCCGGAGGAGAGCUCUUUUGGCAUCUGCAAAAGGAGGGACGGUUCGAUGAGAAACGCGCCAAGUUCUACAUUGCCGAGUUGAUCUUGGCCAUCCAGCACCUGCACCACAGCGACAUUGUUUAUCGAGACCUAAAGCCGGAAAACAUUCUCCUAGAUGCCAACGGUCACAUCGCGCUGUGCGACUUCGGUCUCUCCAAGGCCAACCUCACCAAGAACGACACAACAAACACGUUUUGCGGAACAACUGAGUACCUAGCACCCGAGGUUCUCCUUGAUGAGUCAGGCUACACCAAGAUGGUCGACUUCUGGUCUCUUGGUGUCUUGGUUUUCGAGAUGUGCUGUGGCUGGAGUCCAUUUUACGCCGAGGACACGCAGCAAAUGUACAAGAACAUUGCGUUCGGCAAAGUCAGGUUCCCCAGGGACACCCUCUCCCAAGAAGGUCGCAACUUUGUCAAGGGAUUGCUUAACAGAAAUCCCAAGCACAGACUGGGAGCCACGGAUGACGCUGAGGAACUGAAGCGUCACGCCUUUUUCGCCGACAUCGACUGGACUCUUCUCUCCAAGAAGCUCAUCACACCCCCAUUUAAGCCUAAGUUGAAGUCCGAGACCGACGUGUCGUACUUUGAUCCCGAAUUUACAACCGCUUUGGAUCAGAAUGGCUCCCUCAAUGAGCGCGCCGCCGCGUUGGCCCGAGGCUAUGCGGCAUCUACACCCCUCUCUCCAUCCGUCCAAGCAAACUUCCAGGGCUUCACUUUUGUGGAUGAGAGUGCUCUUGACGAUCACUUCCGUGACCGUCAUAGAAUAAUGGACGACGAGGACAUGGACGACGCGCACCACGACGAUAACGACGACUGGGACAAUUUGGACGACAUUGACCUGAGAAAGGCAAACCGGAUGAGCGGCAUCGUGAGAUCGUCAACGCACGAUGAGCAAAUGGUGGGAGGCUCUCACUUUGACGUGUAA